AUGAGUCCGGCAAAGAUCCGCAAAUGUUGCGAUGAUCCGACGAUCCAGCAGAACUGCGCAAAGCUGAAGGAGGUCAUGGACAAGGAAGAUGGCGUCGGAGAGACGGUCAAGUUCCUGGAGGGCUUCAUGAAGGAGGUGGAGAGUGGCGAAUGGAGAAAAAAGCAAGAGGCGCUGUACAAGAGGUGCAUCGAUGCGUGGGAGAAGCAGAAGAAACUCCCCGACCCCAGCAAGUUAAUGGCCAAGUGGAACAUGGACCUUGCGGACAAGUACAAGCCGCUUCAGGAGUACACGUCGGGUCAGGUCGACAAAUACGGCAAGAUGGUGGACUUGUUUGGCAAGAAGAAGCUCUGGUGGGUCAAGUCCGCACAGGGCUGCCUCGCCAGGAAAGGGGAG